ACUCAUGAUCGGAAGCCAUUUUUCUUACUGGUAGAUGGUGGCUUUUUGGAUAAACUGGUCAACAAAUUUGCGUUUAAUUUUCCAAUAACCAUGCCGAUUCUUGUACCAGGUAUUUGUGGCCCUAGGGCAUCAAUCUGUUGUCUUCUCACGAGCAUAUGGGGAAUAACACUGUUGGUUAUUGUAGGAAUUCUUCUACGCUUUGAUGCUGUAGCAUUUCUAGAGGAUUUACCACUUCCCGAAGCAGAUGAUUACAACCAAGAAAGUGUUCACGAAGUUUAUGUGGCUGCUUCUAAUAACUGUUUUAUAGCAGCAGGUUUAUACGUAUUGUGCAUGGUUUUCUCGUUUUGGCAGAAGUGGGAAUACAGCAGAGUUCCAUUCAGAAUGAACUAAUUCUGGAAACAAGACUCAAUCUGGGAUUUAUCAAGCUGAGAAUACUUUGUGACAUUCAAAUCAAGACUGUGAUGAAAUGGAGUUGUUUAUACCUCAAUGGAUCUCCAUUGAUUGUGUUAAUUGCCUCUUGGUGUAUUAACUACUGUACAAUUUUAAUUUCGCAAGUCCAUGAAAAAUCACAAAAUUUUGUAGCAGUGUCAAUGACUUUAGCAAAAUUUUGUCUUCUGGAAUGCCAUAAAAUCCUGAAAUUAUCAGAUGUCAUUAUUAGUGAAAAAUAGAUUCAUGCCCAAUUACCCAUUUGCUAUUAUCUUGUGUAAGGUUGUACUAGUAUAUAGCAACAUUGUUGUAAGAUGGCGACUUAUUUCUUACAGGGAUUACCAAUUUGCCCAGAAAGAGGGUUAAGAACCAAUUUAGUAUUGUUGUUCAUGAUAGAAAAUUAUAACGAGAAAUGAAUGUUGUUUCUAAUGUUACUGUAAUUAAGGUUUUGUGAAGGUCAGCCAAAUGUUAAACAGUAUAGCCUUAUAAAAAAAUAUAUGUACACAUAUUACUGUACAAUGUACAUGAAAUUAUGUAUGAGAGGUUUGUACACAAACAAAAGUUGAAAUAUUUCUGCCAUAAAUUCUUGUGUACAAGGGUUUGUCCAUGUGCUGUAAGAGUAGCCAGUCAGUACUGUGAACACAUUCAUUUAUAUUUAUUUCAGGAUGUUUCAUUCAUACAAUCGCUAAUCUAAUUAUGUCUAGUAAAGAACUGAGUACGUACACAUUGAAAAGAUAAAUUGUAUACUUUCAAGGACGGUUCAACCUUCAAAUGUUUAGUCACAGUUCAGUAAAUGACUUGUAAUAUAUUAGUUCUGUUUAAUUUCAGAUCUUAUGCAUGAUCUCUAAAGGUCACACAUCCUGGUACUUAGUGGUGAUAUGAUUGCCCUAUUUCUUUAAUUAUCUGUAUACAUUAUUCUUUGCCAUAGUUAACCGCUUUUUAACUUUGACAAUUGCUUGCACUGGGGGGGGGGGGGGGUAAUUGUGACAUUCUAUUUGAUAAUGGAUUUGUACCCCUAGAAUGUAACAGCAUGUGUGACCUUUGGAGUUCAUGCACAAGGCAGUAUAUAGAAUAGCUUAGUUGUAUUCUCAGUCUCAAACACUUGUAGAUUAUGAGAUAAAAAUUACCAUGUUUGUUUGUGCAUUUGUUUGUUUAAAAUUAAAAACAAAAUUGUAAAAUAAAA